AUGGCCUACAGUGACGACACUUCGUUCUACCUCUAUGGGGUUGGGGAAAAGCCAGAGGCUCUUACUCUGGGGUCGUUGGUACUUGAGAGGUACUGGCAACCGUUGAUUGCGCGCCAUUAUACCCAUCCUAUGCUGAGUCCGAUGACAUUACAAGAGCAUGCUUAUAUAAGCAACUUAACGGAUGUGAAGCUUCAUGGGACUUCCCGCCUUGCGCCAUCUGUGGGCGUCAGUGCGGUAGAUAUUGUUGAGCUUGGUCUUGCCUGGAACAAAGAUGUGGAAAGAAUGGUAGUCGCUAAGAAGGGGACUCGAGCAGUUCUGAAAGAUCCUGAGGAAUUCCUUAUAAUGUUGGUCCUCAGCAACCUAAGGGCACAGGAAAAGCUCAGGCUUUGGCUAUCCGCAGCUCGUAGCGACUACGUGAUGAAAAUCAAGUUCGCACGUCGCCCAAAGGUUUGGCUUCUCACGGGACUCUAUAUCUUAGAAGAUGCACGCGCUCUUGCAUUCCGUGGCCAGAGCGCAGAAGUAUUGACAGGCGUCUCGGCGUCCAUCAUAGGUGCGCUGUCAAGUGUGCCGCUUGGCGGGUCUCUGAGUCUCGGAAAUGGUAGGUCAUGGGAGGUAUCCAUGGAGGUGGCGGAGCAACAUGUUUGGGCUGCUCAAUACUGCUUGCUAGAUGCUCAUUUCAUCAAAGCGGGCAGGGAUGGGGUAGAUGGUAUUAAACUACCACUGUCUAUGGGGCUGUAUCGUGAUUUUCUAUCGGUGAAUACUGUCAGAGGUGCGGGAGACGAUAUUGUGGAAUUGGAAGUAAAGGAUGUGAGACCCGAAGAUCCGCAAUUGAAAGAGUGGGUGGAAGACGAGGAUAGCGAGGAGCUGAAGGAGUAUGAGAAGCGAUUAGAUGAGGCUAUUACUGCGUUUGAGAAGGCUCCAGCGCAUUUGUUGAGGUGA